AUGGCUACAAAAAGUACCGAGCAAUAUGUCAACAUUCGGGAAGUCCCUGGCAGGGGCGAAGGUGUCUUUGCGAAGCGCAAUUUGACCCCAGCUGACAGGAUUUAUGCUGGCUCGCGCACUCCAGAAGAUGCAUGGUCUUUCUUUGGUCAGUAUCGGGACGCAGAUCUCAAGAUAUGUUCCGAUUGCAAGGUGGCACGCUUUUGUGGUGAACAAUGUCAAAGACAGGCAUGGAAGAAAUACCACAAGUAUGAGUGCAAAAUUUUCGUCAAGUUAUAUCCCAAGAUCUUGCCUGAAAGUGUAAGAGCUAUCGUUCGUCUAGCGCUACAGCACAAGCACGACCUGCUCCCUCAAGGUACUUGGCUAGCCACUCUACGUCUCGUAUCUCAUUACAAAGAGUUCGAGAGGGCAGAGGGCAAUGACCUAAUGAACCUCAUGCUAAUGGCAAAAGCGGCUGCUGAAUAUUCGAAAGCUGCAGAUGAGAAUACAUUCUUACUUCUCCUUUGCAUUCUCAAGACUAAUGCAAUCACUUUACAAACAGCUUACAACGAUCCGAUAGGACUCCUCCUAGAUCCUUUCCUUGCGACCAUGAAUCACAGUUGCGAUGCUAACGUCUAUCUCCAUCGGCCGACCUACACGAACAAUACUGGGUGGCUGCAACGAAAGCAAACAGCUCAAGUGGCGCUCGAAAUCAUGCCAUUACGCAACAUCGUGGAAGGAGAAGAGCUGACCAUUUCCUACAUCGACUUCCAGAGACAUGUAUCCGAACGUCAAUCCGAGCUACAGAAGAACUACUUCUUCACUUGCACCUGCGCGAAAUGUGUCUCAGACAUAUCAGUCGACACACAGCUACGAGAAUCCGAUCCCAAAUUUGCGAGUCUACAAGCUCACUGGCGUGCUCGAGCUAACGAGCACAUUAAGAAGUCAACGAACACGUUCCUGGCUCCUGAACCACUCUCGAAAACAACCAGUACUCUGACAGACAUCGCAAAUGCCAUGGAGAAGCACCCCAAUUUCUCGCCCACAAUAGAUCCCUACAAUAGAGUGAUACAAGAGUUGAAACUCCUAUACAUGUCCGAAAGUAAAGCUUGCGACUUGGCUCUAACCCACGCCCUCAAACAACAUCUCAUCAUCGGUCCGCAACUCUACAGCAGUCCCAUCCACCCAACUCGCAUCGUGAACGCAUUAUACGUCCUACACAUUCUCGCUCUACUAGACGAAACUUUCCAACCAAACCACGAUCACGGACUAGCCAUCGAACGCCAGCGAAAGGAAGUUGAGAAACGAGGUCUUAGUAGACAGAGUUUUCGAUACUGGCGGGUCCGGAUCUGUGUUGAGAUGAAAAAGCCGCUCAUGGACAGUGUUGCACAAGACCUGGAGCAGUGUUUUGCGAUGGAAGAGGCGAGUAUUGGUCCGAGUGAUCGAGAUGCACUUGAGUAUAUGCUCACUAGUGAGUCAAUUAAGACGAAGGCAGAGGAGGAUAUGCGGAGAUUAUUGGGAGUGGAGCAGCAGAGGUGGGAAGAUGUCAAAAGACAUUGGAUUAUGUAG